AUUAAUCAGUUUUUUUUGGAGUCAACAAAAAUGUACACUUCAUGCAUCGAUCCAAGAAUAGGUGGCCCAUAUUUAUUGGGAUUGGCUCUAUUUUCCAUGUUCAUUUAUGUUCAUUUAAUAAUUUUUUGGACAUGUGACCAAUCUCUUAACCCCAAUAUAACGCUGUUAACUUGAAUGAAUUAAAUAACAACUAAAAAAUUAAAAGGAAAAAAAAAACCCAAACAACCACCAUCACCUCACCCGCCGCAACGACAACCCCUUCUCCUCCUCACCGCAGACCAGCCCUCUCCCCUGAGUUUCUCUCUUCCAUACCAUGACCACGAUCUCGAGACAUCGACCCAAAUGUGAUUUUGAAGCUCUCUCUGCAGAUCGCCAUUAACGCGGCCUCCAAGCUUGCUGGGUUGCCUUCCAAAUUCAGAUGUUGUCUGAAUGGUGCGAGAGCCUAUUUGGUGAGCGACAGAGAGGAGGGGAUGAGGUUUCCUGCGUUGAGGAGAGAUGAAUGCCGCCGGUGAGAUGAGUGUGGGCGGUCGUCGAGUGUUGGCUGGGUUAUUGAGUUGGCGGCUGCUAGCUAGGGUCUAGGGUUGUUUUUGCUUUGUUUUGUUUUUUUAUUUUUAAUAUUUAAAUUUUAUUCAAGUUAACAGAGUUAUGUCGGGGUUAAGAGAUUGGACACGUGCUGUAUUUUAACUUCUGAUAAAAGAACAGAAAAAGCGACUCUAAAUAUAAAAGGUGCCCAUUUCCACAGUCAGUCUCACAAGCUCGAUUUCUUCUUCCCCUGCUUCUCAUCCUCUGUCUUUCUUGCUCCCCAGUUCUUACAUAGAACUCAUUUUUUGUAGCAGAAAGAUUUAAGCCAUGGAAGAAAUUAUAUCCUCAUGUUCUUCACCCAACUUUGGUCCAGAAAACCCAGCCAUAUUCCAACAACGUCUCCAGUUCUUAGUUCAGAACAGGCCUGAAUGUUGGGUUUAUUCCAUUUUCUGGCGGGCUUCCAAAGACAGCAAUGGCCAAGUUGCUUUGUCAUGGGGUGCCGGAGAUUUCCAAAUCGACAGAGACUUGGCAACCAAAACAACCAACAAGGUGACCAAUAAUUACCAACCCAAAUUUGGGUUAACCAAGAAGAUGACUAGCAGAGAAGCUGAAGAAGCUCUUUUCAAUGAAGACAUGGUGGACUUGGAGAUGAGGCUGGUGGAUCAUGGAGAUGUCACUGGAUCUGAGUGGUUUUACUUUUACAGUGUUUCUUUGACCCAGUCGUUUGCUGCAGGCCAUGCCACCAAUAAUAUUCUGGGCCGAGCAUUUUGUUCUGGUGGUUUUGUUUGGCUUGCAGGUGUUCAUGAGCUUCAGUUUUAUGAGUGUGAGAGAGUGAAAGAAGCUAGAAUGCAUGGAAUUCAAACUUUGGUUUGCAUUGCAACUUCUUGUGGGGUGCUUGAGCUGGCUUCUGUGGAUGUGAUCAAAGAAGAUCGGGGCCUUGUGCACCUUUCAAUGUCACUCUUUGGAUCAAAUAACAACAGGGUCUCGCAGCAGGGCAGCCGUGACGGCGAUGUGCUUGUUCCAUCCCUAGAAAACGGGAAGUUUUUAGGAGUUCAAAAAGAGCUAACCAGACAAGAAUGUGGUAGAAAAGAAGUAGCACCUAUCAAUAUAGGCGGGUUAUCACCAGAGUCACCUUCUGAUUCUAUUGGCAAUUUCACCUCUGAGAAUAUAGCGAAGCCUCGUUCGAAAAAGAGAGGGAGAUCGUCAACCAAUGGAGCUAGUAGAGAGUCGGCAUUGUUAAAUCAUGUUGAGGCAGAGAGGCAGAGGAGGGAGAAGCUUAAUCAUCGCUUCUAUGUCCUCCGGUCUGUUGUUCCCAAUGUCUCCAAAAUGGACAAGUCCUCUUUGCUUGCUGAUGCUGUGUCAUACAUCAAUCAGCUCAAAGCAAAGGUUGAGGAAUUGGAGGCCAAAAUCCAAGAGCAACCUCCAACUCCCAAAACGGGUAGUGUUAGCCAUCUUGAUCAUCACCUUAGCCAAAGCAGCAGCUCCAUAGGUGAUAGUCAUCAUCAUCAUCAUCAUCAUCAUUCAAGUUAUAAUAGCAGAACAGUUGUGCCAGUGGAAAUGGAUGUGAAGAUCAUGGGAUCAGAAGCGAUAAUACGAGUUCAGUGUCCGGAUCAAGACUACCCGUAUGCUCGAUUGAUGAACGCACUCAAGGGGCUAGGAUUACAAGUUUAUCAUGCAAGCAUAUCAAGUGUGAAAGAGUUGAUGAUUCAAGAUGUUGUGGCAAGAGUGCCUUACGGGUUCAGUAGUGAUCAGGAGGCCAUGAGAACCGCAAUUAUGAAAAGAUGGCACAGUUAGAAAUCAUCAAAUCAGUACUUAGCUUCCCUCCCUAGCUAAUGAGGAAAAUGAUUUCCCAUUGAUUUUCUCCUUCUUCUUCUUUGGUAGUGCUUGUUGUAAUUCAAAAUGGGUGAAUGUUAAUUAUCAAGUGAGUUUUUUUUUCC